AUGGACUUUGGAUGUGGUGAUGUCCUCGCUGGAAUCCGUCUUGCCCAUACUAUUUACCAGAUUAGUUGUGUUUAUGAGAACCGCGCAGAUGUCAGAUAUAGAAAUUUCGUGAGCGAAAUUCAAGGGUUUCGAGAGCUGUUGAAAAAGCUUCUCAAGUCUCUCAAUGAUGCCGCCCAGCGAUAUAACGAUGGAGGACUCCUACAAAGAGCGGCUUACGAUCCGCUAUCGGAAGAUUUCGACGCAGAAAGGCGCCAGAUGAUCGGUAAUUUCAACGACACUCUCGAGGAAUGUCAAACUCUCCUCAAUAAUAACAAGAAGCUACUUUCCAAGCCUAACAACUUCUUGGAUAAUGUCAUGUGGAAUCUCAAUCAGCAAGAUCAGAAGAUCGAUGAUCUAAGGAAGCGUAUUCAUCUGCACUCCACCAAAAUCAAGCUUGUCAUUGAUCGAUUGAGUAUCAACUUGCUCACCGAUAUCGACUCCAAGGUUGAUGAUCUACUCGAUAUCUCCGAGAGAAAUAUCAACCUAAGCAAAGACAUUCAGAUUGAGCUACGAAAGUUCUACACUUCAUGGCUCGGCGUUUUAGCGGGACAUGAGCCACUGAAUGCACUAGGGCCUGAGGACACACAUGUCGCAAGCGCGCAAAUUCGAGAGAAAUUCGAGAAAACCCUCGGCGUCAAUGCUCCAGCUUCCAUGAUUACCAACGACAUUCCACUCAAGGAAGGAUUCGAUGUCAUGCUUGUACAUUUCGAACAGAGUUCCGAAGGUACCGAUCAAACACCGGAAAAAUAUCUCAUCCUCCUGAAAACCCGAUGGAUGCUAAGUCAGAUCAAGAGUAGUCGAGGCUUUCAAUCAGCUUGUGCUGGCUAUUACUACAAACGUGCAAUUGGCCAAGUCGAGCAAGCAGUUCUACUACGUGUGAAGGGAAUGGAAAUCAUUGCCUAUGAUGACGAGACACUUGCAUCAUUACCCGAACAUGCCUUCAUGAUAUGGGAGCCUCCCAAACAAGAAGAAAAUCCUCAUCUGGAUCCAACAGUUGUGAGGGCCAAUGAGCAAGAAGUCAUACGUCUUCAGCUAGCUUCGACGGGCACCCCAGAUGCAGUGACAAUAUUUCGGCAGUCGUUCAACAGUUUUCGAAUAGUCAUGGAAACCACGACACAGGAGGGGAAGAGUGUCAUUCUUCCCCAAACAGUGUACACUCAUGAAGAUAGGCUCAUUCCUCGAUAUGCCUUACCGACAAUGAAGAAAGAAUGCUUCGAGAUUGCGAUCUUUUCACGAAAUGAAGAAACGUUAUAUCGUUUCAAUUCAAUGGAAGAUCUAUUCGCAUUCCAGACAGCCUUGACCGGCUACGAUGUUUCACAUAGCCAGGUCAAAAUCACAUGUCAAUUCAGCAAAGGCUCUGCUUCAGCAUUGGAUUGUACUGGCCAGAUUCAACUUUGGCAAGACCCCAUAACUGUGUCUAAACUUCCAGAAGCUAUAUCGGAAGGUUCUCCAAUCGAUUCUUUCAGCACAAACAGUCCGCGGUCUCGCGAGAGUAGUUUUGUCGAGUCGAUUGGUCCAACAACAACGAUCAGCCGUGUCGGAAAUGGUUGGGAGGCGGAUAACAUCAAGUUUUCAGGAUUGACAAUCUUCACCCAGCUGAACGACAAGUCCAGCCGAUUAAGAUUUGCCAUCAUGUUUAUCGAGCUUGAGACAAGUAUCAAUAUCGAUCCAAAGAAAUGCAACUGCCAUCGCGAUUACAACAAAUGUCCCUACUUGUGUCUCACACGCAAUAAUGGCGACAAGUUCCCUAUCCACGUCCUCUUCACCACUCUUGAUGGCCACGACAGCCCCGAUCCAAAUUCUUUCGACCUCUUUCCCUUCCGAGCACCACGGAGAUCUCAGUUCAAAGAGCUCACCGUCAAAGAAACAGCCUACCUGCUUCUGAAAUUCAGCACACUCGCAGAAAAGGAGAAGUUCCACCGCGAGCUAUCACUCCGCUUCCGGAUCCGGGCAAAGCAAUUGUCAGAUCAGCUAGAAAUGAUGAAAGGAUUUCGACAUCGCGAGAACAAGCCCAUACGGACUAGCCAGGUACCCACAGGCAGCUUCUCUCAACCUCGACGGUCCGUUACAAGCGGUUCAUUUAGCUAUAGCAGCUCACCUCCACAACUCGAGAAACUCAAGAUCGAGACCGGGUUUUCAGGAGAAUGGAAAAUACCGAUCGCCGCGAACGACAACAGUGAAACGCUGCCGCAGCAGACGGCGAGCCAGGCCGUAGCAGUCGAACUUCCAGGCAACGGAGAGACCGCGACCCGGGCGUUUGGUUCUUCGACACAGCGCAGCAGUAACGCAAUAAGUGAGCAUUUACCAGAAAAGGAGUUCGGCACAGUCAGAUCACCGACGCAAGGUGACCUCAGGAGGGCAUCCAGCAAGCAAGCCCUGGACGACAAACCAAUUAAUUCCAACAGCCGGGCGAGCACCUGGACCAUUCAGCCUGGAACAGUGCACUCGACCGCCAAGCAGAGCGGACUGAGCAAACUCAAGAACAAGAUUAUGGGUUUUUGA